AUGUGGCAAUUAUCAAGUCAUAUCAUGACAGCCAUAGCGAAGAAAUUAUUGUUAAAUGGCAAAGAAAUCUUACCUACUGUCCGUGACGCACGUUCACCCAAAAAUUUAUAUAAACUAUUAAAUGUUUAUCCAAACAAUGGUGUUGGUCUGAAAGUGGUACCAGAUCAUUGGGUUAACAAGGGAAUCAUUGACAGUUAUUAUGAAAUUACAAAAGCUACACUGAAAAUGAAGGAUAUAACUCACGGAAAAGUAUUCGGUAUUAAGGUUUGGAAUGGCAGAGUAUUGAAAAAUGGCAAACCGGAGAAGAUUCGGGGAGGAUACAAAUGGAAUUGGAUGUUAUGGCCAGUUAAAGAGAGUCUUUAA